ACUUAACCAUAUGGUUGAGAAAAAAGGACUUAAACAGCGGAAAGUACUAGAAGACAUAAUUAAACUAAAAUCGAGUAUUAAAGGAAACCGCAUAAAUCAUCUCUUUUAGUAAUAGUUUUCUUGCGACUGUGAAGAGAAUAUUGGAAUAUUCGCAGACGUUAUUAUCACAUCGGAAUUACUGCUGACUACCUAGUAACACAGUUUCUACGCUGACCCUCAGAAUGAUGUGCCUUUACUCAUUAGAAAAUACCUGGGUGGCCAGCAUCGAAAUGUUCAGCCUUUCAGUGAUGAGGAUGCAUCGAUUGAAACAAUGAGCCAUUGCAGUGGUUAUAGUGAUCCUUCCAGUUUUGCUGAAGAUGGACCAGAAGUCCUUGAUGAGGAAGGAACUCAAGAAGACUUAGAGUACAAAUUAAAGGGAUUCAUUGACCUAACUCUGGACAAGAGUGCGAAGACAAGGCAGGCAGCUCUUGAAGGUAUUAAAACUGCACUGGCUUCAAAAAUGCUGUAUGAGUUUAUUCUGGAAAGAAGAAUGACUUUAACUGAUAGCAUUGAACGCUGCCUGAAAAAAGGUAAAAGUGAUGAACAGCGUGCAGCUGCAGCUUUAGCAUCUGUUCUUUGUAUUCAGUUGGGCCCUGGAAUUGAAAGUGAAGAGGUUUUAAAAACUCUUGGACCAAUCCUAAAGAAAAUAAUUUGUGAUGGAACAGCUAGUAUCCAGACUAGGCAAACUUGUGCUACUUGCUUUGGUGUUUGCAGUUUUAUUGCCACAGAUGAUAUUACUGAGCUGUACUCAACUCUGGAAUGUUUGGAGAAUAUCUUCACCAAGUCCUAUCUCAAAGAGAAAGACACUAAUGUUAUUUGCAGCACCCCUAAUACAGUGCUGCAUAUCAGCUCACUUCUUGCAUGGACAUUAUUACUGACCAUAUGCCCAAUCAAUGAAGUCAAGAAAAAGCUUGAGGUGCACUUCCACAAACUUCCAAGCCUCCUCUCUUCUGAUGAUGUAAACAUGAGAAUAGCUGCUGGUGAAUCUUUGGCACUUCUGUUUGAAUUGGCCAGAGGAAUGGACAGUGACUUUUUUUACGAAGAUAUGGAGUCCUUGACGCAGAUGCUUAGGGCUUUGGCUACAGAUGGAAAUAAGCACCGGGCCAAAGUGGACAAGAGAAAGCAGCGCUCUGUGUUCAGGGACAUCCUAAGGGCAGUGGAGGAACGGGAUUUUCCAACAGAAACUGUUAAAUUUGGUCCUGAACGAAUGUAUAUUGAUUGCUGGGUCAAAAAACAUACAUAUGACACCUUUAAAGAGGUUCUUGGAUCAGGAAUGCAGUACCAUUUGCAGUCAAAUGAAUUCCUUCGCAAUGUAUUUGAACUCGGACCCCCGGUGAUGCUUGAUGCUGCAACCCUUAAAACGAUGAAGAUUUCCCGUUUUGAAAGGCAUUUGUAUAAUUCUGCAGCCUUCAAAGCCCGAACAAAAGCUCGAAGCAAAUGUCGAGAUAAGAGAGCAGAUGUAGGAGAAUUCUUUUAGAUUUCUGUACUUAAAGGCUACUUUCUAAUUUCUAUUUUAUUUUUCUUGUAAUUUCUAAUGUAUUUAAACUCUAGAGACAAUUUUCUCUCAUGUCAACAUAGAUAGCUUUUGUAGCUGAGGUUGAUAAUUGCUUAUAAUUUAAUGUAUAGUAUUGCAAAUGGAGAGUUUUGAUUAUUGAAUAUUCUUUGUGAAUAUAAUCAAACAUGAAUAAA